UUCAGAACUUCUUGUUGAAGAAGAAGAAGAAGAAGCAGGAGGAGGAGACAUCCGACGAGAUGGCAGCGAGCCUCAGCGCGAAGCAGGCGAUGGUGUCUGCGCUCUGUAAACGCUUCUCCUCGGAUCCUGCGGCCUUCUUAAGUAAGGCUGGUGAGCACGAUAUUAAGAGCUUGCUUUCAGACAUCUUGAAGUCAUCAACAGACAGGGCUUCUGCCGAUCACAAUGAAGAGGUGACAAAGUGGAUAGAAUUCGCAGAGAGCUUCCCUGUGAAUACCAAGGCAUGCAUUGAUGGCCUCAGCAAAUUGAAUGAAGAUUUGGUCCCAAAAUCAGUUCUCCUAGGAAAUGGAGUCACACCCUCCGAAGCUGAUGUUAUUGUUUUCUCAACAAUUCAUUCUUCUGUGGUUGGCCUUUCAAAUAUGGAUAGGCAAAAGUUACCACAUCUUAUGAGAUGGUUUGAUUACAUCCAGCACAAGGAGCAUUUUGGGGAAUCUUUUGAAAAGAUAACCUUGGAGAAGGCUAUAUUUGCACCUCCGGAACCCAAAAUCGUAGCUAAGUCAGAUGAGGAUCCGAAAACAAAAAAGACUGUAGAAAGCUUGAAAUCUGCGGAUAAGUCACAAGCAGACUCAAAUACAAAGAAAAGCGACAAAAAGGGCAAGGUAGAUGGUCAAGCUAAUCAAGAGAGCAAGAAAGCACCAGGAAAGGAACCUGCUGAAAAAGACAAAGAAAUUGAUGUGAGCUUGCUCAAUAUACGGGUUGGCCUCAUUAGGAAAGCAUGGAAGCAUCCAUCUGCUGAUAGUUUACUUGUUGAAGAAAUUGAUGUUGGAGAGGCUAAAUUGAGGCAGGUUGUUAGUGGCUUGGCCAAAUAUUGCAGUCCAGAUGAGUUGACGAACCGGCGUGUCGUGCUCAUUACAAAUGUAAAACCGGGAAAGCUCAGGGAUGUUAUGUCUGAAGGCCUGGUGCUUUGCGCUUCUAACGAAGAUCACUCGGUUGUUGAGCCUUUGCUCCCUCCAGAGGGCGCUAAACUUGGGGAGCUGGUCUCAUUUUCUGGGAUUGAUGGAAAGCCAGAAGAAGUUCUGAACCCUAAGAAGAAGCAGUUGGAGAAGAUAACACCGCAUCUGUUUACUGAUGAGAAAGGCGUUGCUACAUAUAAGGGUACACCGUUUAUGACUUCUGGUGGACCAUGUGUUUCAUCCAUUCCUAAGGCGAGCAUCAAAUGAGCUAAUGUCGAUGAAGUGGAUCUUUUCGCAAUUUUGAACCCACAUUCAACUCCACCUCAGAAGUUUCUAAGAAAAUAGAUCUCCUUUGUAUGUGCAUGACUCCAUCAGACGAAAUUGUCAUGUAUAAUGUCACUCGAAACUCUCAUCAAUGUGAUCUAACACGCGAGUUCUUGGGACAUCUCGCUCUUAUACAUUAUUCGGAAAUUCAUGAGUAAAACAAAAAGGCUAUACUGGUGGAAA